CGCAUUAUUGUGAGCAUGUAACCGUACUCAAUGAGAGAGUUUAUUUUCCUGUGCCAGGUAGCCUACUCUCCCUCAGACUCCACCCCGUUGUUAUUUCAGCAUAUACUGUAUAGUUCAUUACCGAGGGAGCAGUCGUAAGAAAAGUAUCUCACACAGGAACGAGCAACUCAACACCGAAUACCGACUUUACCGAUGACCAAAUUCAUUAUUUCCAGAUCAGAAAUUGUUUAGACGAGAAACACACAUUGCGCUCCCGGUUGGAAUCCUUGGAACUUUUAAAUUGCCUUCCGAGUUUCGACAAUGAGUUUCGGGGCUCAAGAUCAUGUCUUUCUGUCUGCUUUGCAGCCCAAUACCGCCGUCAGUACUUACGCGGUCCCGUCCGAGAUCCAACUCGAGGGGAAAGGGGGCAACCUGUCGGAUGAGAUGACCCGGGCCAAGCGGGUCCAGCAGCAGGUUGCUAUGCGGCUCGCCGAGAAAACCUCGACGCUUUCACGAAAGAACGGCUCAGCCACACACUAUACCUCCUCAGAACACAGCGGUUCUUCAACAAUGAAGUACCAGACCUUCAACCCAGGGUUCAGCUCUAAGUCCUACGUCUACACAGCCUCCAGACCUGUCAUGGCACCCAGGAUGUCUCACUACUCUGGUGGUUUCUCCUCCCGCUCGGCGAUGGACCUGAGUGGUGGUCAGAGGCUCAGCAUGGGGGGUGGAGGAGGAGGAGGAGGAGGAGGGUACCAGUACCACGAUAACAUGAGCCUGAGCGGGGGCUACCAGGGGGGAGGGGGCUACCAGGCUGGGGGAGGGGCCAUGAGGCAACAGAUGUCCACCGUGAACCGGGCGAUGAGCCGUGCUCCCGGCCCAGACCUAGAGACCAUGUCCCUGCGUUCCGUUAGGCUCCAGAACAUGCCCGCUCAGCCGUCCCCAGUGGCAGCCUGGGUAGAUGCGGAUGGCAGCGAUGGGGUCAGCCUCGUCUCGGACCACGAUGCCACAUUCAACCGCCAGCAGUCUGUCUACAGCACCGUCAAUGGAGGAGCCUACAGCUCUGGGACCCAGAUGAGACAGGCAGGAGGAGGAGGGUCCAUGGCCUACCACGCCCCCAUGAGGAUGGGGGGAGAGGAGAUGAUGUCGGUCCAGCAGCAGCAUUCCUUUAAAGGGCCAGCGUUUCGCACCAUCAGCAGGAUCAACAACAGGAACAACAGGAUGUCUAUGGGCUCCAUGUCUGGGGCUUCUACCCUCCCCCCUGGGGGGAGCAGCUACGGCGGUGGAGGGGGAAGCUUCGUCAUGUCCGGGGCUUCCACCCUCCCCCCUGGGGGGAGCAGCUACGGCAGUGGAUUCAUGAUGGGCCAGAUGUCGUCUGGGUCUCAGGGGAAUCUGAUGAUGCAUCAACAGAGGCAGACCACUCUGCCCAGGACCAUGUCUAUCAAGAGCAUGCACAGUGUUGGGAGGGGCAUGGACAUCUACGACGGACAGAUAGACAUGACAGGCAGCAUGGGCAACCUCAGCAGGAUCAAUAACCUGGACAUGGCUACGGCGGUGAGGUACCUGGCAGAGGGGGAUGCUGAGCUGCAGGUUCUGGGAGCAGCGUUUAUCCAACAUGAGUGUUACAGCGACACUGAGGCCAAGAAAGAGGUGCACCGCUAUAAGGGCAUCCCAGAGCUGGUGAGGCUGUUCAACAGUGAGAACCAGGAGGUGGCUCGCUACGCCACGGGCGCCACGAGGAACCUCAUCUACGAGAACAUGGACAACAAAGUGGCCCUUAUCGAGGAGGGAGGGAUCCCACAACUCAUAGAGGCUCUGAAGGUGAAUGACGACGAGCUACGCAAGAACAUCACAGGUAUUCUGUGGAACCUGUCAUCCAAAGACAACCUGAAGGAGAAACUGGCCAAGGAGACGCUAUCUGAGCUCACAGAGACGAUCCUGAUCCCGCUCUCAGGCAGUGGAGACACUGAGGUCAUCCAGCAGAGCCCCUCUGAGGUUGACAUCUUCUACAACACCACCGGAUGUCUUAGGAACCUGAGCUCAGUGAAUGAGAAGACCAGACGUCAGAUGCGGGAGACCAACGGUCUGGUGGAUGCCCUGGUAGGAUACAUCCAGGCCUCGCUACAGGAAGGCAAGGUGGAGGAGAAGGGAGUGGAGAACGCAGUGUGUGUUAUGAGGAACCUCUCCUAUCAGCUGUACAGUGAGAUCCCGCCCUCGGCCAUGCUACGUCUGGAAGGACCAACCAGAGGCCAGGACACCAGCAGGAGUGAAGCCAUUGGUUGCUUCACGCCUCAGAGCAAGAAAGUAAAAAAUAAGAUGAACCAGGACCUGGUUACAUUCACGGAGGUGGCCCGCGUGCCCAAGGGUCUGGAGUGGCUGUGGCACCCCCAGGUGGUGGGGCUGUAUAACCGUGUGCUGCAGGGCUGUGAGUUCAACUACACCACCCGCGAGGCUGCAGCCGGGGCCCUGCAGAACAUCACAGCUGGAGACAAGAGAUGGGCGGGGGUGCUGUGUCGUGUGGCUCUCGAGCAAGAGAGGAUGCUUCCUGUGAUGUUGGACAAACUGAGGACCAAUAAUGACCUGGAGCUGAGAUCCCUCACCGGCUUCCUCAGAAACCUGUCACGCCAUGCCAAGGACAAGAACGCCAUGGCAACCAAGACAGUGAACAACCUGGUGGACAAGCUGCCUGCCGACGGUCAACAGAAGGAGCCGUCCAGCGACGUGGUGGUCAACAUCUGUGGAGCGUUGAACAACCUGGUGACCUGCAGCUCCGUCGCAGCCCGGGACAUCACUUUCUUUGACGGGUUGCAAAAACUGGUGGCCAUCAAGAACUCCAACGACAGCAGUCCUGGGAAGCUGAAAGCAGCCAAAGCAGCGGCCACAGUCCUCAGCAACAUGUUCCAAUACAAGAAGCUGCACAAGGACUACAAACAGAAAGGGUUCACACGACCAGACUUUGCAGACAUGACAAUCUAAAAAAAAAAAGGAAAAGGAACAGAUACAACGUCUCUCUCUCCUUCUGCCAAGCGGCUGGAAACCUGUCUGAUCACUUCAGUGGUCAAAGACGGCUCUGUACAACUGAAAACAUUACUCCUCGGGUUACUUCAUACUUACCCACACAUGGAGCUGGAUGAACUAUACUACAGUGCAAGUGAUGACAAAGAUGGAAUCUGUUUAGGGACAACCUUAAUGGUGGACUAUGAUGAUAACGUACCCCCUUUCCCCUGUGAGCUUGAAUACCGUAUGUAUUCAAUACUAUAUGUUGAGUUUAAUAUGUAUUCAAUACUAUAUGUUGAGUUUAAUAUGUAUUCAAUACUAUAUGUUGAGUUUAAUAUGUAUUCAAUACUAUAUGUUGAGUUUAAUAUGUAUUCAAUACUAUAUGUUGAGUUUAAUAUGUAUUCAAUGCUAUAUGUUGAAUUUAAUGUAUGUAUUCAAUACUAUAUGUUGAGUUUAAUAUGUAUUCAAUACUAUAUGUUGAGUUUAAUAUGUAUUCAAUGCUAUAUGUUGAGUUUAAUAUGUAUUCAAUACUAUAUGUUGAAUUUAAUGUAUGUAUUCAAUGCUAUAUGUUGAAUUUAAUAUAUGUAUGUAUUCAAUACUAUAUGUUGAGUUUAAUAUGUAUUCAAUACUAUAUGUUGAAUUUAAUGUAUGUAUUCAAUACUAUAUGUUGAGUUUAAUAUGUAUUCAAUACUAUAUGUUGAAUUUAAUGUAUGUAUUCAAUGCUAUAUGUUGAAUUUAAUGUAUGUAUUCAAUACUAUAUGUUGAGUUUAAU